GGCCCGUCGCCGCCGCGGCCGCCGCUCCGCCGCGCUUCCCGGAUCCGAGCCCCAGACGGCGGCGGCGGCUCCGGCGGCCCGGGCACCGCGACCCCCGGCGGCGCGGGGGGACGGGCGGAGGCGGAGGCGGAGGAGGAAGAGGAGGAGGAAGAGGCGGAGGCAGCGGCGGCGGCCGCGCGGCGGCCCCGGGGGAGGAAGAGGAGGAGGAGGAGGGUUGGAUCGCGGGCUCCCGGCGCAGCCAUGGUGGACUGAUCGCCGGCGGAUCCCCGGACUGAUCGCCGCCGAGGCGCCCCCCGCGCGCGGUCCCCCCGCGCCCCGCGGCCCCGCGCCGGCGCCCGCGGCGGGGGCGGCGCCCGGGCCGGACAGGCAGCCGCGCCCCCGCCGCGUCCCGCGCCCGCCCGGUCCCUAUGGAGGCGCCGCCCGCCGGCCAGGCCGCCCACCAUGCCUAGGAGGGCCGGCAGCGGGCCGCUGCCGCUACCCCGGGGCUGGGAGGAGGCCAGGGACUACGACGGCAAGGUCUUCUACAUCGACCACAACACGCGCCGGACCAGCUGGAUCGACCCCCGGGACAGGCUGACGAAGCCCCUGUCGUUCGCGGACUGUGUUGGGGAUGAGCUGCCGUGGGGCUGGGAAGCGGGGUUCGACCCCCAGAUCGGUGUCUACUACAUCGACCACGUCCACAAGACCACGCAGAUCGAAGACCCCAGGAAACAGUGGCGGGGGGAGCAGGAGAAGAUGCUCAAGGACUACCUCUCGGUGGCGCGGGACGCGCUGCACACGCAGAAGGAGCUGUACCACGUGAAGGAGCAGCGGCUGGCCCUGGCCCUGGACGAGUACGUGCGGCUCAACGACGCCUACAAGGAGAAGUCGAGCUCCCACACGAGCCUGUUCUCUGGGUCCUCGUCGAGCACCAAGUACGACCCCGACAUUCUGAAAGCGGAGAUCUCCACCACGCGGCUGAGGGUUAAGAAGCUGAAGCGGGAGCUCUCGCAGAUGAAGCAGGAGCUGCUCUACAAGGAACAAGGCUUCGAGACGCUGCAGCAAAUUGAUAAGAAGAUGUCGGGAGGCCAGAGCGGCUAUGAGCUCAGCGAGGCCAAAGCCAUUCUCACAGAGCUGAAGUCCAUCAGGAAGGCGAUCAGCUCGGGGGAGAAGGAGAAGCAGGACCUGAUGCAGAGCCUGGCCAAGCUGCAGGAGCGGUUCCACCUGGACCAGAGCAUCGGCAGGUCGGAGCCAGACCUGAGGGCCAGUCCCGCCAGCUCUCACCUCUCCCUCUCCAGGCAGACCCUGGAUGCCGGGUCCCAGACCAGCAUCUCCGGGGAGAUCGGAGCGAGAAGCAGGUCGAAUCUGGCCGAGAAGGUCAGGCUGAGUCUGCAGUACGAAGAAGCCAAAAGAAGCAUGGCCAACCUGAAGAUCGAGCUGUCGAAGCUGGACAGCGAGGCCUGGCCGGGGGCGCUGGACGUGGAGAAGGAGAAGCUGAUGCUGCUCCACGAGAAGGAGGAGCUGCUGAAGGAGCUGCAGUUCGUCACCCCGCAGAAGCGCUCCCCGGACGAGCUGGAGCGCCUGGAGGCCGACCGGCAGCGCCUGGAGGCCGAGCUGCUGUCCGUGCGCAGCGCGCCCAGCCGGGCGCUGGCCGAGAGAUUGAAACUGGAGGAGCGCAGGAAGGAGCUGCUCCAGAAGCUCGAAGAAACGACCAAACUGACCACUUACCUGCACUCAGAGCUGAAAAGCCUCUCCGCCAGCACCCUGUCCAUGUCCUCCGGGAGCAGCCUGGGCUCGCUGGCCUCCAGCAGGGGCUCGCUCAGCUCGCUCAGCUCCGGCGAGCUCUACUACGGCAGCCCUGGCGAGCCGCUGGACGCGGACUACCAGCACAGGCUGGACUUCCUGCUGCAGGAGAAGGGCGGCUACGCGCCCGCCGGGCCCAUCACCACCAUCCACGAGAACGAAGUGGCCAAGUCGCCCGGCCAGGGCGGCCCCGGCGGGCCGGCCGCCCCGGGCCCCGCGCCCCCGCCGGCCGAGGCCCCCAAGUCCGUGACGUCCCUGUCCUCCCGGUCCUCGCUGUCCUCCCUGUCGCCGCCCGGCUCCCCGCUGGUGCUGGACGGCGCGUUCCCCGCGUCGCCCCAUGACGCCCCCCUGCACCGCUUCGCCGCCGACUUCGAGGACGGAGAGCUGAGCGGCCGCCUGGCGGACAUGGGCCUGGGCGACGGCCCGGCGCUGCUGGAGGCCGAGGCGGGCGCGGGCGCGGGCGCGGGCACGGGGGAGGACAGGGACCCGCGGGAAGGCGCCCGGGAGCCGUUCGACGAGGCCGCCGCAGACGCGGAAAAGCCGCCCCCGAAGAGGAGGGGCGCGCACCUGCUCGGGGAGAGGACGGCGUGCGUGUCGGCGGCCGUGUCGGACGAGUCGGUGGCGGGAGACAGUGGCGUCUACGAAGCCUUCGUGAAACAGCCCAGUGACAUGGGAGACAUUGCCUACGGUGAAGAGGAUGCUGGCGUCGUCAUGGAGACGGCGCAGGUGCAGAUCGGGCUCAGAUACGACGGGAAAAGGGCCAGCUUCAUGGUGAGGAUCGCUCAGCUCCGGAAUCUGCACGCCUUCCCGAUACCUCAUUCUUCCAAAGUGUACUUCAGGGUCGCCCUGCUGCCCUCCUCCGCGGACGUCAGCUGUCUGUUCCGGACGAAGGUGCGCGCGGCCGCGGAGCCCCUGGUGUUCGGCGACGUGUUCCGCGUGGCCAUCGCGCAGGCGGCCCUGCAGCAGAAGACGCUGCGGGUGGACCUGUGCUGCGCCCGCGCGCACCGCUCCGAGGAGUGCCUGGCCGGGACUCAGAUCAGUCUGGCCGAUUUGCCGUUUUCCAGUGAGGUCUUCACCCUGUGGUAUAACCUGCUCCCUUCUAAGCAAAUGCCUUCCAAAGCGAACGAGGAAGAACACGAGGAUCCGGUGUUCCAGCCGAGCCAGCCAUCGGUGGAGCCCAUAGACCUGGAUGCAGUGUCGGCCUUACUCGCAAGAACGUCGGCCGAACUGCUGGCUGUGGAGCAGGAAUUGGCACAGGAAGACGAAGAGCCGGGGCCGGGCGCAGAGCAGAGGGGUCCGGAUGGAGACUGGCUGGCGAUGCUGAGGGAGGCCUCUGACGAAGUGGUGGCUGAGGAAGAGGCGGACGUGGCCUUGCCAGGGGGCAGCAGGUGUAUGGGAGACCUAAGCUCAUGCCCGGGUAUGCCCGCGACUGCUGGAGGCACAAGGAGGGCAGAGAGCAGCUGUGCCAACGGCCCUGGCAGCCAGCCCCCUCCGGGAAUGCCCACCCUGGUCGACAAGGAGACAAACACAGAGGAGGCCGAGGACGCGGGCCUGGCCGUCCGGCCCAAAGAGCGCGGCGUGCUGAGCGCGCGGCAGCGCCCCCUGGUGCGGAGCAGCGUGAUCGUGCGCUCGCAGACCUUCUCGCCCGGGGAGCGCAGCCAGUACGUCUGCCGGUUAAAUCGGAGUGACAGCGACAGCUCAACCCUGGCUAAAAAGUCUCUGUUUGUGAGAAACUCCACUGAGCGGCGCAGUUUGAGGGUCAAACGGGCGAUGUGCCAGCCGGCGCUCCGGAGGGCGGCCCAGGAGUGCCCGGUGCGCACGUCCCUGGACCUGGAGCUGGACCUGCAGGCCUCGCUCACACGCCAGAGCCGCCUCAACGACGAGCUGCAGGCGCUGCGGGACCUGCGGCAGCGGCUGGAGCAGCUGAAGGCCCAGGGCCAGACGGACCUGCCGCCCGGCGUGCUGGAGGACGAGCGCUUCCAGCGGCUGCUGCGCGAGGCCGAGAAGCAGGCUGAGCAGUCCAAGGAGGAGCAGAAGCAAGACCUGAACGCGGAGAAGCUGCUGAGGCAGGCCUCCAAGGACGUGUGCCGGCUGCGGGAGCAGAGCCGCAAGGUGCCGCGGCAGGUGCAGUCCUUCAGGGAGAAGAUCGCCUACUUCACCCGAGCCAGGAUCAGCAUCCCGUCGCUGCCGGCCGACGACGUGUGACGCGUCCUGAGGAACGGGCGCCCCGCCCUCGGGGGAAGGACUGAGCGGUGUCUGGUGGGUCUGUCUGGGGAGGGUGUCACUGUCAGUGCCUCAGGAGCUGUUACUUCUCAUCAGGAUCUCCACGUGCUGAUUUGUAAAGUUUGGGAUGUAAUUCUUCUAUAAAAAGGCAAGAAAAGCCAGGUAACCAAGCGGGCGGAUCUGUACCCAGACGUCCCGCAGGAGCGGGCUGUAGACCCGGAGUCGGGCAGAGCCCAGGGCUGUCCUUCGAACCCGCAGAGGCGGCGCGGCUCUUGCUUUUCCUGGUUUCCCGCGAAGGCCAGGGCGGCCCGAGCCCCCGGGGUCUGGGACUCAGAGCGGCAAGUCCGCCGUGAGCGAGCCUUGAGGGAGCUCCGGGGCCAGGAAGCAGGUGCUGUGUUCCUCUCCGUCACCUUUGUGCAAACACCGGUCUCCGUAAAGCAGCGUCUUCUCUGUCUCUUUCUGUUCGUUUGUCUAAAGAAAACAAAACGCUGAGUUCAAGCACAUCCGUGCCGACCCGGGAGCGGGCUCCUGGCUGCACAAAGGCCUCGCGGCCGCCCCCCCCCCCGGAGGGCAGGGAGGAGGGUGCCCUGCAGCCCCGGGCGGCGGGGGCCGCAGGUGUGAGCCUGGCUCUCCGAGGUGGGGGGACGGUGGCCCUCGUCCUGAGGACACACACUGCCGCCGGGGAGGGAACCCAUCGCAUCCGCGUGGUGAAACCAGGAAAAGCAAAGGGUAUCCUGAUUGCAUAAAGGUGCCAAAAAAAUUAAGUCCUUUAUGAAACAGAUUUGUGACGUUUCACAGCCGCUCCUCGCAGCCCUCGUUGAGGGGGUCCUGUCUGUGUGGGGAGGAGCCGGGAAGCAGAGAGAAGCGUGGGCCUGGGAGACUGCGCCUGGAGCAUCGGCUGAGCUGUUUGUCUCCAACAGAAGCCAUUGCAGGUGGCCCCUGAGAGCUGCCUCAGCGUCCCCACGGCGCCUCCCGGUGCGGAAUCCCAGCUGGCCCAGCCCAGGCCCUUCCCAGCAGGAACUCCCGUGUGGCCCACCAGGCGUUUAAAUACUCCUAUGCAAUUUAAUACUCCGUUUGUAAUACUGGAAGAGGCAGUUUUUGGCCAGCCAUCUUUUAUAGAAAACUAAAUCCUUUUUUUAAAAAAGAUGCAAAAGUCAUCUUAAAGGAAUAGGCCCCUUUACACACACACACACACACACACACACACACACGUUCUGUUUUUAAGCAAGAAUCCUCCAUAGCAAGAAUUUUUAUUUUCUUGAGAGCAAUUACACAUGUUUUAGAAGGUGAGUUUUGUCAGGAUCAAAAUUCAAAUGAAGCCGUUUCUGAGCCUUGAACUUGAUCGUUUCCUGAGUGUUCCACCACUUACAUACAAACGUCUUUGAAGCUGUAACUGGACGUGACACUACUCUGAACAAACACCAGCCUUACGAAUUGACCACAUGCAGUCCCUCGGGAUCUGCCCAGUUCACUCUCUCAGCCGAUUGAGGAAAACGAGGAAAGAAUACCAUUCAUCCUUGUCAAGGUCAAAUGUGAAAGAGAAGUUUAUUUAAUGUAGAGAUAAAUGAAGGUCAGCUGUUGUCAGCUUCUUCGUUUGACCGUGGAAAUGUUUAUAGAAUUAUGUGUAGUGUUACCGUACGAUUUUAUUUUCUUCAUUUAUUUAUUUACGGUCUUAUUUAUGUUCUGUUUAAUAUAUAGUUCGGUUCUGGCCAUUUUAAAUGUUUGACAUAGAAGAAGCUAUAUUGGGAUAUUUACAGCUUUAUAAAUCAUCAAGACGAGUAUAAAAGAAUAAAAUCUGUCUCAGGCUGGUAGUUAACAGCUGUGACCAAGAAGCUUUCAGUUUUAUUUUACAAAAUUUGCUCAUUUCUAACACGAGAGAUGAACUUAUUUUAAUAUAAUUAUUUUCCACACUUUAAAAAUCAGCAAUAGUGUUAUGCAUUUAUAGGAAGCUUUUAACAGCCCUAUCAUAUUUGUACUAACCCAAGUGAUUCACAGUGACACAUUUUAAUAACUUGAUCACAAAACCGUAUGGACAAUAUGAAUUUUAAUAUUAUAAAUGCUAUAUUUUAAAGGUAGAAUUUAUUCUGCACAGGGUAAAAAGAAUGUAAUAUUUAGUUCUCAAGUUUGAAUUAUCAACAUGUUACUACAAUUUUGUAUAUCAGAAUCUAAGUGUUACAGGUACAACAAGCAUACUGCUAGCCAAAUGAACAACGUUUAGCUGAAUCUCUGUCGCAUGCAAAUCAAAUAAAUUUAAAAUCUUUUUUUUUUUUUGCUAUUACUUUAUAUUGUAUUAAAUAUCAAAAGCUCAGGACUGAACUAAAUAUUUAAUCAGGUUAAAUUCUGAAUAUGUUUCUGUUUUAAUUUGUCUUGUUUGUAAACGUGUGCAAAUACAUCACAUAGACUAACUGGUUUCUGCACUUUUCAUGUGUUUGUGGGUGGGAAAUAUUCAGUGGGUUAUUUGGGGGUUGGGUUUUGUUUUGUUUGGUUUUUUUUUGCUUUUGUUAUUUUCAACAAAGAUACAUAUUCCCUAA